CGUCGCACGUAUCGCACGCUGCAGCGGAACUCUGGAUUUUGGUUCGGAUCGGGAGUCGCCACACGUUUGGUCUCGGUUUUCGUCGGUUUGUCGGACUUUUGUCGGUCGGUUGUGCGCUUGAUCGGUUGGCCAACUGCGAGCCCAGCGGUUUUUCGGGCACUGCACUCGGCAGUUGUGGUUGAUGGACUGCAGUUGCUCCGCCAACUUUGACCUCUGACCAGCGGACAAUUUAAUCAAGUGACUCCAGGCCCAUACGGGCCCUUUUACGACGGUCCCUUGACCGAUUCCAAAAACCCAUCAACGGAAGAAUAUCCAAAUAAAAGUUCGAUUCGCCUUUUUUUGUUGCCGGGCCCGGGCUGCUCGGUCUUCGUCUUCUUGUUUCGCAUUUGGAGCUUGUCGACGUCGUGUGCGCGGUCUUCAUAAAUUAUACAAGAGCGCAUUUGCGAACGACUUGCAAAUAAAUAAGCAUUUACGCUUUUAUUAUUGCCCGGCGUGUGUGUUGUUGGUGAAGAGUGUGUGUCCUCCGAGCGGGCGUUCCUCGGAAAUCGCUCCCAUGUGGCGCAAGCCGGAGGAAUAAAAUAAAACCGAGCCAAGGGUUCCCCCCUCGAAAUAUCAUUUUUGCAUACAAUCAACAUCUAGCCAUAAAGUGUGUUCCCCCUAUAAAUAUUUCGGCAUCCGCUCUGAUUUGUGAGUGCUGAUAAGCCAGUGAUUGCGAGGCAAAAAACUCCAGCGGCGAGUUCGGGUUUGAAGCCCCCAUAAAGAUAUCUCAAGCAGAAAAUGCCCGACCAUCUGGGAGACUCCGCGGCGUAUACUUAAUCUUGUCAACGGCCAAAGCGAGGCAAAGAAAGCAACAUGAACUGCCUCUGCCGCCCCUCGCGGAUUAUGUCCGUGCGCAUUAAUUUGCUGGAUGAAACCGAGUUUAUACACGAGAUCAAGGAUGAUUUGCCCGGCCAGGCUCUGCUGGAUGUCGUCUUUGCCAGGCUCAAUUUAAUCGAGACCUCAUACUUCGGCAUUCGUUAUGUGGACGAGGAGAACCAGACGCACUGGCUGGACCCCGCGUCCCGCAUUUCGCGGCAACUUAAGCCCAAGUCGGAUCCCUAUGACUUGUACUUCGGAGUUAAGUUCUACGCCGCCGAUCCCUGCAAGCUGUUGGAGGAAAUCACAAGGUAUCAGCUUUUCCUGCAAGUCAAACAGGACGUUCUGCAGGGCCGACUGCAUGUGGCCUUCGAACUGGCCGCCGAGCUCGGAGCCUUUGUGGUGCAAUCGGAGCUGGGCGACUACGAUCAGCGGCGCCACUCGAAGGGCUACGUGUCCGAGUUCCGGCUCCUGCCGAACCAGAGCAACGAGCUGGAAACCCGCGUCUCCGAGCUCCACCAGCAGCUGAAGGGGAUGUCGCCCUCCAGCGCCGAGCUCAACUAUCUGGACAAAGUCAAGUGGCACGACAUGUACGGCGUGGACCUGCAUCCCGUUCUGGGCGAGGACAGCGUGGAGUACUUCCUGGGACUGACUCCUAGCGGGAUCGUGGUGCUGCGCAACAAGACGACGGUGGCUCAUUACUAUUGGCCGCGCAUUGCCAAAGUUUAUUAUAAAGGACGCUAUUUUAUGCUCAGGAUAAGCGAUAAAAAUAACGAGCUGAGCACCUACGGAUUCGAGACGCCCCGCAAGUCGGCCUGCAAGCACUUGUGGCGCUGCUGCGUGGAGCACCACGCCUUCUUCAGGCAGGUGCGAGUGGCCCCCCUGCCCAGCUCGCAGUCGCACGCCGCCGACCUCUUCCAGCUGGGAUCGCGCUUCAGGCACAGUCGCCCGGACAAGUCGACGGAGAAGGAUGCACUUUCCGCCGGACGAUCGCCGCCCGCCUUCACCCGCACUCCCUCGAAGCGCCAGCCGCGCCGCGUGAUUGAUGACUUUUUCAACGGGAACGGCAAUGGCAAUGGAAACAGCAGUGGAUUGGGAGCCGGAACCCCAAGUGGGGGCAGCCACAUGGGCAACAGACCCCUGCCCCAGCCAGGAAUGGGCACCAUCUCGAACAACUACGACAGUCCCUACCGCUCCACCUACAGCAUUCCCACCAGCCUGGGCAUCCGGCCCUGCCACCAGCAGCAGAACAACAACUCCAGCAGCUACAACAACAACAGCGGCGGCAACCUGCAGACCCCCGACUCCCCGCGGAGCACGCGGAGUGCUCCCUGGCCGCGCUCCCAGCAGCGCUCCCUCUUCGGGCACAACCCCUCCAGCCCGAGGUCCGUGCGGUCCGCCAGCACCGCGGGCGGGGGGCUGCACCACCACCACAGCCACCACAGCCACGGCCACGGCACCAGCCACCACCCGCACCACCCGCACUCCUCCGCGGCGGGCUCCUCCUCGCACUCCCACUCGCAGUCGCAGUCGCACCACCAGCGGCAGCGGGCCAGCUCCUCCUCCGCCUCGCACCAGCAGCAGCGGUACCGCUCCAGCUCAGUCGAGAGCCACUCCUCCAACGACUCGCGGUCCACGCGCAAACACAAGCACCGCCACCGUCGCACUUCGGAUAACGAAAGCGAGCUCUCGCGGGGAUCGGGUCGCUCGGGAAGAUCGGGCCGUUCGCACCACAGAAAGCACCGCAGAUCGCACCGACACCGCAGGGACUCCGCUGGAGGAUCGGACCACGACAGCACCCGGGGUCGCAGCUACUCCGGCCACAGGAGCUCCUCGAUGCGGAGCGGCAGCGCCGAGCUGAUCGACUCCACCUCGCAGUGGCGGGAGGUGCAGCGGCGCCAGGCGGAGGCCAGCUUGGGCCAGAGCUCCGUCCAGCAGGCGGCGGUGUCCAAGAGCAGCAUGGUGGCCAGGAGCCUGCACAGCAACGACAGCCACUCGGACACCCACUCGCACCACAAGUCGAGGAGGCAUCGCAAGAACAAAUCCCCUUCGGAGUCGCGCAGUCGAAUGUGGAACAGCGAGCUGGCGAAGCACCUGCAGUUCGACCUGGUGGACACGGAGGGCAUGUCGGAGCAGCAGCUCCGCGAGAUCCCCUACACGGUGGUGGAGACCACCUCGAAGAGGUCCAACUCCAACCUGAAGAUCCACAAGAGCAACAGCAAGAGCAGUGUGGGCGCCAAGAGCACGGGAUCGGGGAACACCAUCACCAACGGCAGUGGAUCAGGGAACACGGGUCAGGCCAGGAACCGAGUGGACCGCAUCAGAGGACUUUACUAUCAAAGCUCGCAUCCUCACGACAACAACGGAGGUCCUGGAACUGGGGGAAACGCUCCCAAGAACGGAUCCAUCCGGUCGGCCAGCACGAUAUCUUCGCGGGAGUGUGAGAGGAACAACGGUUUAGUUAGAAUGAUGUCCAGCAUGAGCAUGGGUGACUUCAUUUCGCCCACUGGCUCCAAUCUGAGUCCCCUGGAGAACUCUGCUCUGCGGGUUUCCCACGAGCACACAGAUUCGGGUUUGGGAGCGGAUCAGGACUACGCUUAUUCAUCGGAAAGGUCGAGCGACAGCACGCGCUACGGCACCAACAAGUCGUCGGGCGCCUCGAGCGGAUCCCACCGGAAGUCGGGCGGCAGCGCCGGCGGCAACUACAACAACCUCAUGCAGCAGACCGUGAGUAACCAGCAGCAGCAGCAGCGCUCGCUGUUCGCGCAGCAGCAGCGGCAGCAGCGGAGCGCCUGCAAGCACGCCGCCUCCUCGCCCUCCGCGUCCACUAACCCGGGCGGCUCCUCGGGCCUGGCGCCGGUGCACAGCUCCCAGCCGGGAGCUGGGUCCGGCCAGAGCCCGGGCGGCGCCCCUAACCCCCAUCCGCAGUCGCCGGCCAACCGGCUGCUCCACUACACGACCUUCGAGAACAACCAGUACAAGUUCAGCCUGAACAACGCGCUGGCGAAGGGGUCGCGGGGCGUGGCCAGUGGCCAGGCGGGCAGCGUGAGCAGCCUGGCCGGCGGCGCGGCGGUCCCCGGUGGCGGAGUCGCAGGUGGUAGUGGUGGGAAUGGUGGUGGUGGGGGACCUUUCAGCCGGCAGCGCAGCUUCGUGGAGUGGCCCAGCAACCCGGCCUCGCCGUACUACUACCAGGGUCCGCCGACCCACGUGGCGCAGGCGAAGCGGCGGGACGCCAAGUCGGACAUCGGGGUGCCCACGCGGCGGCUCUCCGGCCAGGGGCUGACCAAGACGCAGCUCCUCUCGGGCGGGCACGCCCAGCUGGCCUCCGCCGGCUGCUACCCGCUCCACUACGCCAGCAGCAGUGUGGCGGGAGCGGGAUCGGGAUCUGGAGCGGGAUCGGGACCGGGAGCGGGCUACAACCGCUCCUCGGGCAACAGGGCGGGCGGCAGCGGCUGCUCCUCGGCGGGAUUCGGGCUGCAGCCGGCCAAGUCGGACCUCUUCCUCUCCUACAUCCACGGCGGCGAGUACGAGCGACCCUACAUCUACAACUACAAGAUGCCGCAGAUGCCAAGCGGUGGCAGCGGGAGGGGCGGUGGGGGGUCGCCGAAGCAGCAGACGACCGCCUACCACAUCUCCGGGUCGCAGACCGCGGACCCGCCGCCGCCGCCUCCUCCCCUCUACGGCGGCACGGCGCCCGCCACCGACGUCAUGUACUACCAGUUCGACAAAGGAGCCGCCGCCCCAGUCGCCGCCCCGCCGUCCGCCUCGCCGCCCAUUGUCCAGCAGCCGCGGCAGUCGGGCGGGCCAUUAGUGUAUCUGCAACAUGGCCAGAACGCGUCUGGGCCGGAGGUGCAGCAGCCAACUACGCACUCCUCGCACUCCUGCAGCGAGGAGGACGAGGCCAUGGUCGUCCUGGAGGCGCUGCAGAUGGAGGCGCAGACCACCAACGAUGAGGCCGAGGACUCCGAAGACGACGAGGCCGAUGAGGCCGAUGAGGCUGAUGAGGCCGCCGAGGCAGAGGACAUGUUUGACGCCGAUGCUCCUUUGAUGUCCCCCACGGGCAGUCACAAUAGCUCGAAUAAUAACAACAGCAGUGGCAGCAGCAGCAGCGGCAGCGGCAGCGGCAGCAAUGUCAACAACAACGGCAGUCGCCAGGCGCCGGCGAGCAGUAUUAAUUUCGAUAAUUGCAAUGCGAAUGUCUACAGUGGUCAGCAGGCGAAACAACUAGGGCCAAUUACCGGCGGCAGCCAAACGUUAAAUUGUCCCACAUUGAAUGCAAAUACAAAUACGCAUCCGAGCCUCAAUCUGAAUCCGAGUCUGAAUCCGAAUCUGAAUCUGAAUCUGAAUCCGAAUCUGAAUCUGAAUCCGAACCCGAACCCGAGUAGCCACACCACCAGUAGCCACUCCAAUGCGAAUGCGAAUGCGAACCCCCCUCCCAACUCCACCAGCAACAGCACGGCAGCAACCUUGGUUGCAGGUGCAACAGCAACAACCGGCACAGCGGCAACAUCCUCUGCCAGCCUACAGCAAAAUCAAAACAUUUCCUCCAGCUUAGAGAUAAUCCUUUCGCCAAUUAUCCAAAGUAGUCGACGGUAAGUUUUUAUUUUCAGUUCUCUUUUCGGUUCCCCCUCUUCUGUUGUUGAGUAGGUACAACCGUUUCUGUUAUCUGUAGCUAACAAGAAUAAUACCGAUACCGAUACCGAAACCAAAACCAAUACCAAUCCGACCUGCAUGAUAAGAGUCAAACAACAGAGGUGACUUCACCUUUGAUGCAAAUUGCAAUUUGUGUGUGCCUCUGCUAUUGUUUCGAAUUGCAUUGAAGUUCUAGCUUUGAGAUGUUGGCAGAAUGACGAGUUGAAUGCCCUUUGUCUUGCUGCCCUGUUUACUACCCCCGUUUAACGUCAAACUUUAUUGAACAGCGCCCGCAAUUGUAGGGCUCCAUCCCCAGAACCCAGACCCCGAAACAGAUACACGAACAUCUUCCUUGAGUGUGCGAAAACAAAGCGAAACGAAAACAUUAUAAAUUAUGUAUUAAUGUGCCCGUUAGGCCCACGCAACGCGGAAAUGUCGGGACCUCCCAGCUGCCAAUUUUCAAUUGCCUCUGGGCCAAGAUAACAAUCGACUUGGGGGGCAAGACAAUGGCGAAUGGCGAAUGGCGAAUGGCGAAUGGCAAAGCCUCCCCGGCAAGCAUUCAUUUUCAUUUCAAUUUCACUUGCUUCUUGCUUUCGUUCUGGAUUUACAUUUGAUUUGACUGCCUUUUCCCCCUGUUUCUGUUUUUCCUCGACGUUUUUCCGCUUCGCAGGGCAGCACAAAACGCACAAAUAUUUAUGUUAGCUAGGAAAUUCGACAGCCUAUUUACAAAUGAAUAGGUUAAUGUCACCGGGGUGGAGUCUGCUGGGGUUUGUUUACGGCGAAACUUCGGGCAAAUUGACUUUAAACAUGUCAAUUUAAGCCCGCCACUCUCCGCCCGAGACCUUCAUUACCGCCUCCCCAGAAAGUAUGCUAUGGCUGG